AUGGCGACAGGCGCCCCGCCCGAUUACUGUAAGCCUGUCAUGACCUUCGUUGCUGAUAGUCGUCUGAUCUCCUCCCCCCCCCGCCCAGAUGCGAUCCUCGACAUCGGAGAGAGUGCGACGGCACAGCAGGUUCGAGAUGCCUACAAGCGCGCCGCGCUGAAAUCUCACCCCGAUCGAGUCCCCAUCAACUCUCCCGAACGCCCUGCUCGCACACGCAAGUUCCAGCUCAUCAACGACGCAUACUACACCCUCUCCGACACCGGCCGCCGGCGCGAAUACGACGCACAGCGCAAACUCUUCCCAGGCUCCAGCCGCAAAAGCACAAAGGCGACGCCGCCGGCAGAUGAUGACCCCUUCGCAGAGUACGACGACGACACCGCCGACGAGGAGAUACCAACACAGGGUGCCGGCCCUGGAUCCGGGGGCGCCAAUGCCUUCUCCUGGGCCUGGAACUUUUUCUCCAACCGCUCCGGUGGUCCUCCCCAGGGCGAUCGCCGCCAGACCGAGAACGCCCAAUUCAGCGAUGUGUUCGAGGAGAUGAUGCGCGAGGAGGGCCUCGCCGAGGACGACGGCACAAAUCGCCCCACGAGCAAGUUCUGGAGCGUCGUUGGUGGCCUGAGCGGCGGCGCACUUGGCUUCAUAGUCGCCAACGUUCCCGGCCUGGUCGCUGGCGCCGUCGCCGGCAACAGGCUCGGUGCCGUCCGAGAUGCCAAGGGAAAGAGCGUAUAUGCCGUCUUCCAGGAGCUUCCGCAGGACGAUAAAGCGAGGCUAUUGAGUCAACUGGCUGCCAGAGUGUUCAGCCACGUGGUGAGUGCGUAA